AUGUCGGUUAGCCAUGCUGUCGGGUACAGCAAAAGUGUCAGAGCAAAAUGUCAUGCUCCGCCUCCUUGCAAGGACACUCUUAUGCCAGUUGGAACGCUUCGUUAUGGUCGAACUUUGAGCAAUGAGCUGGGAGAAACUGUUGAAUGGCGCCACUGGGGCUGUGUUACACCUCAAAUACUGGUGGAGCUGGCUGCCGUACCAGAAAAGAGCAUCAACGGCUUCGAGACCUUGAAACCGGCCGACCAGCAAAAAAUAAAAUUGGCUAUUUCUUUGCGACGCAUAGAUCCGGCUGACAUACCAGCCUCAGCAGGAAUGCGUCCCACACCUCAAGUUGUUUCACCAAGCAAUGACACGGGGCCUAGUAAUGCGGGUUCGAAGAGGACGAGCACACAGGCUGGUCUUGACCGGCCGACCACAGCGGCGCGAUUCUCGGUAGCCCCUGCAUCAUCACCCCAGCCGCCGCAAGUGGAAAAUGAGGAAGAUGUGCAGGAGGAAGAAGAGGUUCGAGACGAAUUGUAUUGCAGGAUGAACACCAACGUCGUUGGUAUUCAAUACUAUAGAGGACUAGUUGGGCCGGGAGAAGAGGUGCUAUUGGUGCGAGAGCCGCAUAAUCAAUACGAUAGGAACGCGAUUCAGGUCAAGAACAUCUCCCGAGUUCAAGUUGGGCACCUUCCUCGCAACGUUGUCUCCAAGUUAGCUCCGAUGCUUGAUAGGCGUGCCGUUACGGUCGAAGGGGUAAUUAAUGAUGGAAAUCUGUCUGGGUCCAGAGCCUAUACACUCUCCAUCACUCUGAAAAUUUAUGGGCCUUCUGACAAGAGGAACGAGCUUGAGCCUCAGUUAGUCUGGGCGACUCCAGGACAACGCGGCUUUCCUCCCAGGACCACAGCGACACAUCCUGCCCCGAGUGCCAAUGCCAGCACCAGCUAUUCUACCGGUGCGCCUGGUCUUCCAGUCCCAACUGCCUCGCAACGCAAAGCAAAUCCAGCGCAGUCGGCCGCCCAGAUGGAAGCCAUUCGCAAACAGCAAGAGGCUCUUCAGAAAGCCGCUGAACUUAGGCAAAUGCUCAACAGUCUCGAGAAAGUCGACGACGAAGGUCGCCGCAGCUCUUUGCUGGAUACGCUAUGCUCAACGGAUGACAUUCUAUCUCUCCCACUUUAUCCUAACCCGCCUGGCAUUGCAAGUGGUGAAUUAACUGUGGAUCUCCUCAAACACCAGCUUCAAGCCCUCCAAUGGUGUAUCGAACGUGAAAAUCCAGUGCUUCCAAAGAAAGAGACCGACAAGCCUGUUCAGUUCUGGCAACUGAGAAAGCGAGGAACCCAGCCCUAUUAUUAUAACAUCGCCACCAAAACCCCUCAGGAAGCUCCUCCAGUUCUCGGAAGAGGUGCACUCUGUGCGGAUGCGAUGGGUUUGGGUAAGACCCUCACCAUGAUUGCUUUGGUGCUGGCAACGCGGCAGCAGGUCGACCAAGGCUUCUCGAAGGCGACCUUGAUCGUCGUGCCUCUUUCUGUGAUGUCCAACUGGGAGAAACAGAUUGCCGACCACUGUGCCCCAGGAUCUGUCUUCACAUGUGUUUAUUAUGGGGCUAAUAGGAAUAUAAGUGCAGCAGACCUUCAGAAGUAUGACAUCGUCAUUACCACCUAUCAGACGGUGGCUGGAGAGCACGAAGAAGGCAGUAAUGGAGCUGGCCCUAGCAAGAAGAAAAAGAAGAACGAGCGAAACCUUUUUGAGGUUGCGUGGAAGAGAAUAAUCCUGGAUGAAGGACACAGUAUUCGCAAUCCGAAGACCAAGAUGGCCAAGGCGGUGGUCGCCCUCAAUGCAUCCAGGAGAUGGGUCCUGAGUGGUACUCCAAUCAUAAAUUCACCAAGAGACCUUGGAUCUAUCUUGACGUUCUUGCAAAUUUGCCGCCCGCUUGAUAGCGAAGACUUCUAUAAACGGCUUCUCCUUAGACCGUUGAAGAACGGAGAAGCAUCCGGAGUCGAGCUGUUGAGGGCCCUCAUGAGCCAUAUAUGCAUCCGGCGAACGAAGGAGAUGCAAGACAAGGAUGGGAAGCCACUCAUUCCUUUACCAGCUGUGGAGAUGAUCAAAGUGCCUGUUGCCCUUAGUGAAGAAGCUAGGACCUUGUACGAUGAAGUCGAACAAGUCUCCAAGCAGCGAGUCGAGAACUUGAUGUCAGGUGGCAUGACCGCCGCCAUGAACUCCAACGUCUUGAGCAUGCUUACACGGAUGAGGCAGAUUGCUCUCCAUCCAGGUCUUGUUCCGGCGCGUUAUGCCGAAGAACUUCGCAAUGCAGAAGCUUUUGACGGACCAAAUCCGCAAGCCAUCGUUGUGACGGCUGCUGAGAAGGCUCGGCUACAAGGACUGUUGGCAGAAGCGAUCGAAAAUUGCGAGGAAUGUCCCAUCUGCUUUGGCAUGCUUCCCAACGAUGCUCGAAUUACGAGCUGUUCGCAUAUGUUUUGCCUACCGUGCAUCACUGAAGUAAUAUCUCGUGAUCCAAAGUGCCCAAUGGACCGGCGGCCGUUGAGAAUGACUGAUCUGCAUGAGCCCCCUCCUCCUACGGAUUUGACCCAACGGCCAUCCAGCAACCAGGUGGACGAAGCUGAAGGAAUCCGUGCUGGUUCUUCUGCCAAGAUUGAUCAACUUGUCCAUCUGCUCAAGCUAACACCUACUACCGAGAAAUCCCUAGUGUUUUCCCAAUUCACAUCCUUCUUGGACAAGAUUGCUGAGACACUCGAGGCAGAAGGCAUUCCGUAUGUUCGCUUCGAUGGGCAAAUGUCUGCAAAAAGGAGGCAGGAAGCCAUCGCUCGUUUCUCAGUCCCUGUAGAAGAGGUGCAGGACACCCCCUCUCUUUCCCGAAGUGCUCGAAGCUCGAGAGGUGGACGCUCAAUUGUGGAACAAGGAUAUAACGGCGACGAUGGCGACAGCGACUUUGUUAUGAGUGGUGAUGACGACUUUAUCGAUGAUGAAGAUGAUGACAACGGCUUCACAAAGAAAAAGAAAAAGCCCAAAGCUAAAGCAAAGGGAAAGGGGAAGGCCAAGGCAGCGACAAGAUCAGCGUCAAUGGAUAAUGACACCUUCGAAGAAAAUCCUAAAGUUAUGCUUCUAUCUUUGAAAGCGGGAGCCCUCGGUUUAAAUUUGACUGUUGCGAACAACGUGUAUUUAAUGGACCCAUGGUGGCAAGAGGGGAUCGAAAGUCAAGCCGUUGACAGAGUCAACCGCAUCGGUCAGACAAAGCCUGUCCACGUUUACCAAUUGAUUGCAGAGAAUACCGUGGAGUCCAAAGUCCUCGAAAUCCAGGAGAAGAAAAAGCAGCUUAUUCAACAGGCGUUCUCCGGCAUCAAACGAACGGAAACUCAGCGCCAGCAACGGGAAGCAAGAUUGCAAGAUCUUGUUGAGCUUUUCGGUAUUCGACGACAAGCCAGCCAAGUUGCUUGA